GCUGUGGUCAAUUCCCCGACAUCUACGACAGCCUCUGCGGCGCCUCCCACUACGAGGGUGCCUCAGAAUCACGUGCAGGCCCAGCUGAUGCGGUCGCGGCCAAGCUCUCGCAGAGUGCUGGCCUCUCGCCUGUGACCGCACCUGUGCCCGAAGCUGCUUCCUCCCCGCCGCCUGCACCGCCGGCAGCCGUGGCAGGCGCAGCCGACGGGACUGCGGCUGAGGGCGAGCCGCCUGCCAAGAAGGAUAUUGUCGCUGCUGUCAAGCAGCUCGAGUCGGCGCUGGCGGCCAUGUCAGACGAUCCCGAGCUGCACGAGGCGCGCCAGGCUAUCCAGGCGCGCCUGGACGCCAAGAAAAAACAGCUCGGGGACUUAAAGCCAGUCGGGAAGAGACUGGGCGACACCCGGGCCGCCCUGGAGCGCGCCUACAAACGCCAGUCUGCAGCAGCGGACGGCCUGGCGCUGGCGCAGAAGGCUGUCGAGGCGGCGGCCGACGAGGUGACGUCUCUCAAGAAGGCCGUUCAGGAGCUGGAGCAGCAGGUGGCGUCUGCGCACGCUGCGCCCCAGCCCGCCCCGAUGGACGAUGGCGACCCGCUCGGCCUCCCCAAGCAGCAGCUCAACGCUGCUGUGCAGGCUCUGAGCCAGUGCUCCUGCGUGUCUCCCGAGGCGGUCCAGGAGGCGCAGAGGCAGUCGGAGGACAUAUCCGCCAAGUUCCAGGUCACCCUCGAGCAUGCCCCGGCGCAGCCUGCGCCACGACGUGCUGUGGGCAAGCAGAGGCCUCCACGACUCCGCGAGCGGCUCAACGGCGAACAGCCUGCCAAGCGGUACAUCACGGAGCCCUUCACCAACCGGCUCCGCUUCGGCCUGCCCCGUAUAGCAGCCUGCACUGACGACCCUGCAGAGCAGCCUGGGUUGCAGGGUCACAGCGGGGGCGGAGGUGAUAAUGCUGCCCUUGCAGAUGUCACGUUUCAGAUCGCUCCUGCGAACGUGCAGACACUCCAGCUUCACCGUGAAGCUCGCUCUUAUGCCAAGAUCGCCACAGGGAUUCUUGUCCCCAAGGUGCAGCUGUUGGAGAUGGACUUUCACUCUGCUCGUCUUGAUGUGAUUGGGGUGCAGGAAGGCCGAUCCAGCACUGCGUGUGAACGCAAUGGCCUGCACUAUCGCAUGUACCCGGCUGCUGCUGACAAAGAUGGCAGCCAUGGGGUCCAAGUCUGGAUAUCCCGGGCUUCGAGGACCAGGACGUUGCAUUGGCACGCCGUCUCUUUCACGCUCAUGUAUGUUGUUGCAGCCUUGCCCAACCACGCUGUGGCUAUCUUCAUCUCCGGGCAUGCGCCCCACCUCCACUCAGCGGACGAUAUCAAGACCGCCUUCUGGUCACUCCUGGAUACCACCACCCAGGCCCUCGACCAGAAGUACCCGCACGCCAAUGUCAUUGGCAUGCUGGACUGCAUCGGUCGGGCCGGAUCCAUUCUGUGCGACGGUAUUGGCCCUGCUCAGCCUGAUGUCGAGAAUUCCAAUGGCGAGCUCCUUCGGAAGUUCGUCACCAGGCGGCAUUUCUACCUGGUUAGUGGCUGCGCCGUCCGGUACGACAUCGACCUUACCAAAAACUCCUCGCAGGAUCAGUCUCCCGUGGUGGCGACGCGCUUCCAAGAUGAGGUGUGGACGUACUCGCAGGAGCCCUCCGCUUCCAUCGAUGACCAUUUAGCCAGCCUCAACAUGUUCGUGCGGGCGGCAGCUCAAAGGCAUUUUGGACUUGCACGCGAUGCGCCCAGGAAGCCGUGGAUCACGCAGCGCACGUGGUCCCUCAUCAGCCAGAUUGCUCCUGUACGGCGCCGACUCAAUACUUCUCGUGGUGUGGAGUAUGAGUGGACUCAACGUGCUAUCCUUUCUGCGUGGCGCGCCACUGUUACACGUGAGCGACGUGGAGGCCUGCCCGAUGGCAUGCUGACUGUGUUCUAUGGUUGCUCUCCUUGGGUGCGGCAGGGUGAAGGUAUUGAUGCCAUGUACAAGGUACGUCAGUGCCAGUGGUAUGAAGCGUGCCUCCAGUCUCAUAUUCGCUGGCUGCAACACGCGGCGAAGCCAUUCUUAGAGGCUGAUCGCCGUGCUCACUUGGGCGCGCUUGCCCUCCAAGCCGACCGCGCGAUGGCAUCCAACGACUCGCGCGCAGCAUCUGCCGUCGUGCGUGCCAUGAGUGGAGCCUCCCUCAAGUUCAGCAGCUCAGUGUACAAGCUUGACGGCGCCCUCGCGGCUUCUCCCGCCGAAACGGAGGCAAGGUGGGUAGAGCACUACUCUAGCGUCUUCCGGGUCCAGAUCGUUGAUGGCGCCCAGCUCAUCGUUGACCCUGGCCCGCCCUUGCCGCCGGGAGAGCUCGACUUUGGACCUGUCGCGACCCAGGUUCGCCCAUCGCUGCGCGCUACAGUGCCCAAUCGGCGCAUUGCCUCGGGCGCCACGUGGCCCGCGGCCUGGCGCGGCGGCUCUUUCACCAACGUGUACAAGAAGAAAGGUGACCAUUACUGUUGCGACAACCAUCGCUCGAUUCUGCCGUCCGACCACGCUGGCAAAGCGCUCAUUGGUCGCCUCAAGCAGGCCUUCGACCCUAUUUACUUCGAGCGGAUGCCCUCGUCGCAGCGCGGUGCGAUUCCCGGCGAGGGCGCGGACCUUGCGCCCCACCUGGUGCGCUCUGCCGUGGCCGCCGCCGCCAUGCUCAACAUGUCGGUGUGCGUGCUUCUUGUCGAUCUGGUCAAAGCGUUCGACAAGGUGGCGCGUCAACUGGUGUAUGGCUGGGGGCCGGCACCGCCGGCUGACGGGGCCGCCUAUUUGCGCAGUCUUGGCGUGCAGCCUCCCGCAGUAGAGUGGGUCCUGCGCUACCUUGAUGAGCGAGGCAGGCAUGGCUGCAAUCUAGGCGCCUUUACCUUCAGCAGCGUGCACGGCAUUGCCAUGUACUUCCUGCGAUGGGAGUUGCAAGAGGCCGGCAUCGUCUUUCGACUUCGCGUCCCUGCUGGAGCUUUCUGGGCCGAGCCUGAUGAGAACAACCAUGACACCGAACCUGUCAUAGACGCGGCCUUCGUCGAUGAUGAAGCCGUCGGUCUUUUGUCCACGUCAGCGGGCGCUCUCAACUCAGCGAUCGAGGCGUUUCUUCGCAUGUUGACUUCUGUGUUCAGUAAGCUUUACUUGGACAUCAACUGGGCAUCCGGGAAGACGGAAGCCUCGAUAGCGUUGCGUGGUCACGGCGCAGUCCCUGCUCGCGGGCGGUGGCGGCAAGCUGAUGGACGCCUACGCAUUCCCGUCCCUAGCUCCGCCGAUCUCUUCUUGAAUGUUGUACCAUCGUGCAAACAUCUUGGCACGCUGAUGUCCAGUGCCCCUGAUACGUUUGCCAAUGCUAAGCACCGGACUUCUUCAGCUAUGGAGUCAUGCGCCCCAGUUGUUUUCAAGUUGUAUGGCAAUCCGAACGUGUCUUGGCAUCACAAGAAGAGUUUCCUACGUAGUCUUUUCUUGUCUCGUGAGCUCUUCAACGUGCACAUUACUGUCCCGAGUGCCAGGGACAUGGUCACUUACAACACCUGCUACAUGCGCACUCUGCGCCGGAUUGUGGGCGACACGCGAUUCAGCAGCGACACUGAGCACACCGACAUAGAAGUAAGGCGUCUGCUGGACAUGCCGUCCGUCGAUUGUUUGAUAUCUUGUGCACGCCUCGCGUACGUCAAGCGAUUGCUCAGUCUUGCCCCGCGUGCUUUGCUUGGGCUGCUCCAGCUCCGGCGCGGUGAGCGCAGGCUCCCGUGGGUGCGCCAGCUUGCUCAAGAUUGCAAUUCGCUCCGGGAUCGCGGCCUCGUUCCUGACACCCUUCCGCCGUUUUUUGAUGAUCCUGACGGCUGGCACCAAUUCAUCCUCUCCUCUAGCUGGUCAGACGCUCACGAAUCCUUUCACUAUUUUGAGAGUGCAACUGACCGUGUACAGAAUGCUCAGCCUGCAGAUGGCGAGCGUCAGUUGGCUCAUAAAUGCCACCGAUACCAGCGCUCCUUCGCACCGAAGCGUGCGCUAGACUCGCAGGCCCGCGCCAAGCACGGCGACCGCCUGCUCAUACCUUGUAAGGUCGCCGCCAGCACUUGCCCGUGCUGCGGCACUGACUUCAGAGAUCGCCUGCGGCUCAUAGCUCCUUCAUCCGACCGUAGACGGCCCAAGUGCCAAGACUGGAUCCUCGCACACUGUUCCGCGUUGUCGAGCG